CCCUUAUGUUUCAUACAUGCAUCUUUAACAAUGAACAAUAUGCACGUGAUUGGUUUUCCAUGUAUUUAUAUCUAUACAUGUAUAUAUAAACUUAUAAAUGUGCUGAUAUGCAAAGCGGAUUCAAAUCUUGACUAAACAUAGAGUAUCGAACAAUCUUUAGGCCGUGAUCCAGCCAACAAUGAUGCUGAAAGGAUUUUGUCUUCUUGUCUUGGUGACUGUUGUCCACUGUAAGGCAAAGAAGUGCUGCUUCCCACAAAACUGGCAGUUACGAGAAUCAUCGAUAAGUGCUUACGCUAACAACAAAACAAAGGAAUUACAAAUGUUCACCGUUGACAUAUUCUUUGACAGUGUGGAACAGAAAAUAAGACAAGAUUUCUUUACGUCUAAAGAUAAUUUAACAAUACUUGAGCUCUACAAUGCGCAUGUUGGUUUCAAGAUUUUAAACAAUAAAAAGUGCACACUCUUUGAGCCAGGACAUUUUCCACCGACACCAAUUUGCAUCCCUGAUACAUGGAAAAGGGUCGACCAAUACAGACUCGGACUCAAACCAAGCAUUAACGUUGCCGAGUACGGAUACAGUGCAAAAGUCUCCACUUACGUCGGCGUAACUGACAACUGUGUUCCGGUCAGCGUAACGUCAUUUGGAUUUCCAACCACAGGUACAAUGUCCCUGUAUGCAGCUAGUUUCGAAAACUAUCUACCAGAUAUACCAGAUCCAUCAGUGUUCCAUGUUCCUGCAAUCUGCAAACAUGCCUUGAGGGACUACGAAUUCAUUAAAGAACCAUUGCACGAAAAGAUGUUCUGGAGAGAAAUGUUUGCCGAAUAUUGAUCUUAUAUCUAUUUCAACUGGAAUGACUGGACAGUUUGAGUGUCACAAAUUAUAAUUAUGAAGGCUUUAACAGUUCUGAUAUUGCAACAUACAGUAAAUUACAAAUCAAUCAUGUACUAAACAUUCUCUGUGCUACAUCAUCGUACAGUAAUAAAUUAUUGAAACAAUCAUAUUUUUGCCACAGUUAUAGCAUAUGUUUUGAAAAUUUGUAACUUUAUGCUUCGAUCAUUACUUUGUUAACAUGUUUAGAUCGUUAUAAAAAAUCAAAUAUAUAUUUACAAUUUACUUUCUAAUCAAACACAAUUUCAUCUAUCAAACUUACUAUAUUGAUCAUAAUUGAAUCUGUAACUGACACUUUGAAAAACAUAACCAUAAUAAAACUAAAGAUGAAUUUAA